UGAACGCGCAACGGCACACCAGCACCUCCACCACUGCCACCAGCAGCAGGAGCAGCAAAUCAUCCCGGAGACUCUGCUCAUUCGGGUUAACAGAAGGAAACAGGACACAGCUGCUGCGCUGCAGUUCACGGUCAAAUCCUGCACGGAGACGCUUUGUUUUUACCUCUCUUCCCUCCGGCUCCUCCUCACCGAACCCUCUGCCUGUUGCACACUUUGUCUGUAGUGAGUGUUCGUGCAUCAUCAGUAUCUCAGUCGCGUCGGGAGAAUGGCUGCCAUCAAGGCUUUGGAGCAGUGGUGUAAAAUGCAGUGUGAGGGCUACCGGGAUGUGGCCAUCACCAACAUGACGACUUCAUUCAGGAACGGAAUGGCUUUCUGUGCGCUUAUACACAAGUACAGACCGGACUUAAUAGACUAUGACUCACUCAGAAAGGAGGAUGUGUUUGAGAACAACAGAUUGGCUUUUCAGAUCGCAGAGGAGAAGUUGGGGAUCCCAGCUUUGUUAGAUGCAGAAGACAUGGUGGCUUUAAGGAUCCCAGACAGGCUGAGCAUUCUCACCUACGUCUCCCAGUACCACAACUACUUCAAGGGACGGCCUCCAAUGGGAGGUGUAAAAAGGCCAGCAGAGGGCUCCAAGGAGGAGCCAUCGGAGAAGAAAAAUCUCCCAGUGGUUGCCAAAACCUUUGUGUCUAAAACUGCCAUUGAGAACCGUUUACCCUCCGCUCUCACAGCUCAGACCUCACCCAAGUUGGCCAGAGCUGCUGCACAGAAGGCAGUUUUGGCUGAAAAUGCCAACAAAACUGGGACUCUCAAUAGCAAAUGUGUUGCAUGCAAGAACCACGUUCAUCUGGUUCAGAGGCACUUUGUGGAAGGCAAGCUCUAUCACAGAAGCUGUUUCAAAUGCAGUGAAUGCUCUAGCGUGCUUCAUGCAGGAGGAUACAAACCUGGGAAGAAUCCAGACACUUUUAUUUGUAAUGCCCACCAGAGCAGUUGCAAACCUUCCCCCUCCGAGGUCGGGAUCAAAAACGGACCCACCAGUUCGGCUGUACGAUCAAACGGUGCCAGCCAGACACAGCCUGCGCCGCUACGCCCCUCCUCUGUGCUGUCAGCCCCGUUGAAUGUCAUUCGGAAGCCGGUCAGUCCUACUCCACCUUCCCAGUCCUGGACGGCCUCAGCCCAGAAGACGCAGGCGGCCCGGCAGAGGUUUUUCCAGGCUGCGCCGCCACUCACACAGGCCUCAGCAGACAACAGGAAGCCCACAGAACCCUCAAGUGUUUUAGGAAGGCCAAAGGUCCCACUGAGUUCUAAUGAUGAGAAGAGCAGAGCCAGGACAACAAUUGGAAAGAAACUGGCAGAAGAAAACUGUAACAAUAAUAACAAACGCCCGUUCACCAUCCGUUCAGCAGAGACACGGUUUGGAGAUGAGCCAAGUUCAGCUGACAGCCCCGGCCUGAGAAACGAUAAAUGCAGCCAAGGCCCAGCAGGAAACUGGGCAAGACAGCUCUCCACCAGCCAGACAAACAAUAAGGAACAGUCAUGUCUGAAGGCCAUCAACAAAGACAACACAAGGCCAACAACUGUACACACAACCGCCAAAGACCCAGUCUGCCAAGAGGGGCAAUCAGAGCUCAGUCCUGCGAGAACCGAGCUAGGUCUAAAAGAUGCUGAAGCUAAAGACUCCACUGAGCAACAAAAGUCUGGAUUCAUGUCCUCCACUUCCUCCAGUGUCUCCAUCAUUACAACAAGGCCUCCGUCGCCACCAGCACCUGCAGUACCUCCACUUGGCUUUGUUCUGUUUGAUCCUGCGCACUUCAUGGUCGUCUCUCCACAGAAACAUCAGCCUGCCUCUGGAAACCUGGGUUUUAAACAUGGGAGUCACUCGCCUGUGAAAUCCCCACCCAGGCAGCCAGCUGUAGAAUCUAUUAGCUUUUCAGCGACUGCUCCAGCCAAUCACGGAAAUCCGUCAGGUGCUAAAAAGGGAAAGUAUUUGUCACCCACCAACGCCUCCAGGACUGAAAUGAGGUCACCCUCUGUGAAGUCUUAUCAUAUGUCGGUGGAGCAGAUUGAGAGGGAGCUGAAUGAUAUUGAGACAAACUUGGCUCAGCUGGAGAAGGACGGUGUGGAGCUGGAAAAGAAGCUCCGCAGCUGUGAGGAAGAGGGAGAGGGAGACAUACUGAUGGACCCACUGAUGGUUGACUGGUUCAACCUUAUUCGAAAGAAGCAGAUGUACAUUAGGAAGGAAUCAGAGCUUGUUUACAUAGCCAGGACUCGGGAACUGGAGCAGCAGCAGCCAGGUGUGGAGGGGGAACUUCGCAGGCUGCUGGAGAAGCCAGAUCAUUUAAAGUCCAGAGAGGAGCAACAGCAGGAGACAUUGCUGAUGCAGAGACUGAUGGACAUUGUGGAUGGCAGGAAUGCGAUUGUGGAGGGUCUGGAUGAAGACAGGCUGAGGGAAGUGGAGGAGGAUCAGCAGUUGAAUGAAAUGAUGAAAAAUCUUGGAGUAAAGAAAGCCAAAAACAAGAGGAAAUCCUCCAUCUCAAAAAUGUUCAGACGAAGAAGUAAAAGACGAGUGGAAUGAUCCUCAGGGGAUUUUUAAAAAAAAAUCAAACUUCAUUAUUUUCUUACUGUAUUAAUGUUUCUUAUAAAAAUGUUUAAGGUUUUUAUAUUUAAGUACUGCUGUACAUAGAGUGCUAAUGAGGAGGCAAAGGAAAAGAAGUCAAAUUUGGAAGCAUAGUGGUGUAAAGUUGUGUUUUUUUUUUGUCUGCAGUCUCUCUUUCUUGCAAAAAUUUAAAACCAAAUGUUUUAGCUAAAAUGUUAUUUUGGUUCAAGAUUCACCCUCACUUCUUAGUUUGGUGGUAUUUAAGUGGAGCGAGAAAUUUCUCCAUAGGUUAUGAUUCAAUCUUUGCUUUUUUUCACAAGGGUUGUCAUAUUUUUUUUCCACAAUAGUUUUUCAUGGUUUAAAAAAAGAGUGGUGUUUAAUUACUUGGCAGACAUUGCAGUGUACGUUUCCCUUAUAUUGAUUGAACAGCGUUGGAUUAGUCACAAGAAAUGGCACCAUUUAUGGAUAUGCAUGUUAUGUAAAGAUACUGUAUAUUUAUUGAACGAUAGGAAUGAGGUGUGUAAUUUAUAGCUUUAGCAAAUUAAAAUGCACUUGGUCAAAAAAUUGGAUGUUGGGAGGUGAAAUCAACUCAUCAUGAUGUGUAAAUCACAAAGGGAGCACUGGCUGUUCCACUUGCAAAUAAGAAUUAGGAGAAUAAAUGUGUAAUCCUUCAACAGUCUAGAUCCAAAAUGAAAUUAUUUCAGUAUUUAUUUAAUAAUGGAUUUUAACAAAUUUCCUGUAAGGAUAUUAGCAAGAGGGGGAAAAAAGCCUUGACAAUUAAGUUUGAAUGGCUGUGGAGUGUAAAAAUGGAGAGCCACACAUGUUGAACUGCCUCGUCGCAGGCUGCUGGCUCUUCUCUCACACUGUACUGUAGGUGGCAGCCUGGGUAUGCUGUAUCACAAGGCAAGAACUUGGAAAUCCAAUUUGCCACAGUACAGACAGUUAAUUUCUUUGCUAAUUUUAUAAAUGCUGCAAAAAUGUUCAGCUGUGCUGCUGCAAUAAUGUUAUGUGAAAGAGGAUUAGGUAGAGCAGUAGCUUAUGGCUGGGGAAGGCUUAUAAACUAUAGGUUGUAUUGAGCUCUUUAUCUUCAAACCUGGUUUAAUUAAACAUUACUCUUUACUAAUAUCUGCAUCAGAAUUGCUCCGUACCUGAGCUAUUAAAAUGUUCAAACGACGCAUGGAGUCACUCAUGUGUGAAAAUGGCAUUCACAGUGUUUGUAAGGAAUGUACUGUAAUGUUGCAUUAUAGAAGUGUUAUUGAAUGGUAUGUACUUGUACUCCUAUUUAUAUUUUUAAACUUGAAAUCUGUUGUCCAAUAAAUCCUUUGAAGAUUA